AUGACGUUUCGGAGCUACCCCUCCCCAGCAAGCGCCCCCACCGACCCUGACCCCACUCCUCUUCAACCACCCCCACUCCAGGCCCAGACCCCACUCCUCUUCAACCACCCCCACUCCAGGCCCAGACCCCACUCCUCUUCAACUACCCCCACUCCAGGUCCUGACCCCACUCCUCUUCAACCACCCCCAUUCCAGACCCUGACCCCACCCCUUCAACCACCCCCACUCCAGGCCCAGACCCCACUCCUCUUCAACCACCCCCACUCCAGGCCCAGACCCCACUCCUCUUCAACCACCCCCCUACUCCAGGCCCAGACCCCACUCCUCUUCAACCACAUCCAUUCCAGACCUGACCCCACUCCUCUUCAACCACCCCCAUUCCAGGCCCAGACCCCACUCCUCUUCAACCACCCCAUUCCAGACCCUGACCCCACUCCUCUUCAACCACCCCCAUUCCAGGCCCUGACCCCACUCCUCUUCAACCACCCCCAUUCCAGGCCCAGACCCCACUCCUCUUCAACCACCCCCAUUCCAGGCCCUGACCCCACUCCUCUUCAACCACCCCCAUUCCAGACCCUGACCCCAUCCUCUUCAACCACCCCCAUUCCAGGCCCAGACCCCACUCCUCUUCAACCACCCCCAUUCCAGGCCCAGACCCCACUCCUCUUCAACCACCCCCAUUCCAGGCCCAGACCCCACUCCUCUUCAACCACCCCCAUUCCAGACCCUGACCCCACUCCUCUUCAACCACCCCCAUUCCAGACCCUGACCCCACUCCUCUUCAACCACCCCCAUUCCAGGCCCAGACCCCACUCCUCUUCAACCACCCCCACUCCAGGCCCUGACCCCACUCCUCUUCAACCACCCCCAUUCCAGGCCCAGACCCCACUCCUCUUCAACCACCCCCAUUCCAGGCCCAGACCCCACUCCUCUUCAACCACCCCCAUUCCAGGCCCUGACCCCACUCCUCUUCAACCACCCCCACUCCAGGCCCUGACCCCACUCCUCUUCAACCACCCCCAUUCCAGGCCCAAACCCCACUCCUCUUCAACCACCCUCAUUCCAGACCCUGACCCCACUCCUCUUCAACCACCCCCACUCCAGGCCCUGACCCCACUCCUCUUCAACCACCCCCACUCCAGGCCCAGACCCCACUCCUCUUCAACCACCCCCACUCCAGGCCCAGACCCCACUCCUCUUCAACCACCCCCACUCCAGGCCCAGACCCCACUCCUCUUCAACCACCCCCACUCCAGGCCCAGACCCCACUCCUCUUCAACCACCCCCCACUCCAGGCCCAGACCCCACUCCUCUUCAACCACCCCCACUCCAGGCCCAGACCCCACUCCUCUUCAACCACCCCCACUCCAGGCCCAGACCCCACUCCUCUUCAACCACCCCCACUCCAGGCCCAGACCCCACUCCUCUUCAACCACCCCCAUUCCAGGCCCAGACCCCACUCCUCUUCAACCACCCCCAUUCCAGGCCCAGACCCCACUCCUCUUCAACCACCCCCAUUCCAGGCCCAGACCCCACUCCUCUUCAACCACCCCCAUUCCAGACCCUGACCCCACUCCUCUUCAACCACCCCCAUUCCAGACCCUGACCCCACUCCUCUUCAACCACCCCCAUUCCAGGCCCAGACCCCACUCCUCUUCAACCACCCCCACUCCAGGCCCUGACCCCACUCCUCUUCAACCACCCCCAUUCCAGGCCCAGACCCCACUCCUCCUCAACCACCCCCAUUCCAGGCCCAGACCCCACUCCUCUUCAACCACCCCCAUUCCAGGCCCAGACCCCACUCCUCUUCAACCACCCCCAUUCCAGGCCCUGACCCCACUCCUCUUCAACCACCCCCAUUCCAGACCCUGA